AUGGCAAGGACUCGUGGUGCUCACUUAGUUGGAGGAGAAAGCUCUCAACAAGGCAAGAGAAUAAGACCUACUGCAUCUGCUCGUAAAAGAGCCUGUGAAGGUGAUGUUGGUGUACCAAGGGUGAAUGUCGUUCAUGAACACCAACAUGUCGAUGAUGACUCUGUUGUUGACGAGCCACAAAAUUUUGGAGAAGUGCAAGAGGAGCACGAAGAAGGGGCUGCAUAUCCUGAAGGUCCAUAUGAUACCUCCUUACUUACUAGUUAUUCUGAUCACGUUGCAUUUUUACUAUGGCAAGGCGAGGACUGGGGCGAGUUAAAAUUGAUUUCCCAUGGUAAAAAAUGCAAUAAAUUAGGAGUUUGUCACCCUAAUGUUGAGGAGUUUGUUGUGAAUUCUGGAUUAAUGCCUCUUUGUGACAUAUCAUAUGAGUAUGCUGAUAAGGGACUGAUAUAUGCCUUUGUGGAGAGGUGGCACCGAGAGACAAAUAGUUUUCAUCUACCGGUUGGUGAGAUGACUGUGACACUUGAUGACGUGUCCAUGCUUCUUCAUGUCCCUAUAAUCAGACAAUUUUGUCCCAAUGUCCCUCUAGAUAAUGCUAGUGCUAUGGCACCACUAAUUGAGUUGUUAGGGGUGGAUCGGGCAAAGGCCACAACUAAAUUAAGACAAUGUCGGGGGCCCCGUGUGCGAUUGAGUUGGUUGAAAGAUUUGUAUGAAGAUUAUUGUGAGACUGAGCAAUGGGAAGAUCUUGCACCAUGCGGUGGAUAUGCAUGGGGAGUUGCUGCACUUGUUCACAUGUACGAACAACUAGGAGAUGCAUGCUUUGCAUAUACAAUACAAUUAGCUGGAUAUCCGACCCUUUUACAGAGUUGGAUAUAUGAGCACUUCCCUGGUAUGGGAAGGAAGGAAAUGGUGGGUAAUUAUGAUGAGACUCAACCUCGGAUGGCACGUUUUCGAACAGGGCGACAAAUAUGCUAUGUGAGAGACGUUCGAGUCCAGAUAGAUAUGUUGACAUAUGAUGGGUAA